AAAUCAAAAAUGAGUUUGGCCGCUACACCACAGGAAGAAGAAGGAUCCCCCAGCAGAGGAAGCCCUACCCAUGUCUUUUGACUGCAGAUGAUGCUGUUUCAUUUUCGACUUUUAAACUGUAGUUUUAAAACCUGUAAUGAUCCGGAAUAUUCUUGUAUCUUGCAGAAUGCUAUUUGACAAUCCAAUCACUGAACUAGUGGACUGGCUGUUUCAUGAUACCAAACUGACGCGUCUAUACUUAUUCCAGUCCCAACUGUCGUCCUUAGGAGAGCGGUCAUUUGCAACCAGGAACAACACUCUCGAUUACGUAUCUUUGUAUGGCAACAACUUGAGGAGAAUUCCUGAAACUGUUUGGCAAGAUCUUGGCAAAGACAGUUACAUAGCAAUCGAGAAUACUUUAGAAUUUGUACCACUGAUGAAUAGGACUGAUCUAACAAUCGAAUUAGUUGGAGACGGGUUCGCUCUGCCCAUAGGUGUGCCCAAGGAUUUAGCGGAGAUAUUGAGCCUGUCGGGAUUUAACUGCAGAAAAAGCAAACACAGCCAGUGGGACUGUACGCCCUGCCCCCAGGGUACGUUUGGAACUUCGUGGACAAACAACAGUUGCAUAGCAUGCCCACCAGGUGGAUUUUACCAAAUCAAGACCGGCCAAGUUGCGAACACCUCUCAAGGUAUCAACUGCCAAAGAUGCAACAGUGGGACCUACGUUACACCACAGGCCCAUCCUGGUACCAGUCCUGCCAACUGUACGGUGUGUCCAACGGGCACCAAUAAAAGCCUCCACGCUGGCUUUCGUGCUUGUCCUUGUCUUGAUAACUUCUUCCGUACAGAUCGGUUCGGUGAAUGCCAACUCUGCCCUAACGAAGGAGUCAACUGCUCAGGUGAAUACCAACAUCUGUUACCUGGAUUCUGGUGGACCUGGGACUGGGGCAGGGCUGACAACUAUCAAUCUUAUCAACGAUUCGUCCAAAAUGUGCUCACAGAGACCAAUAAAUACAACAAAGAGAGCACGAGGUUUCUAGGCGUGUUGCCGAAAGUCCACCGAUGUCCUCGUAGUGAGUCGUGCGUCAACGCUGAGAUGGGCGGUAUUAACGUCACCUGUGCGGAAGGCUACACGGGGUGGCUUUGCGCCCAGUGCAGUCCGUCUUUUUACCCGUGGUUUGACCACUGCUUCAAAUGUCCGGAAUGGUGGUGGUUCCUCCUUGAGGUCCUUUUGGUGUUGACAAUCAUUGCUGUGAUCGUUACAGUUACCGCUUGGCAAAUACACAAGGGCCGAAGGAACAGCCGAUCUCCAGUCAGCGUGCUGCUGGCUCGGGGGAAAAUUCUACUGGGGUUUUACCAGGUCAUGGGAGAGAUAUUCUCGGCUUUGGAAGAAAUUUCAUGGCCGAGGGUACUGACGAGUGUCGGCUCUCUCUUUAGGCUGCUAGAGGUGAACAUUAUGCGGUUAAUAAUCAGUCCCAGAUGUUAUCUCCCAAGAUUCACCUAUCCUGAAAUCUACAUUGAGUUCCUGGUCGGCACUGGUUUUGUGGCACUCGUUAUGUUCGCGGCCUGCUGUUAUUACAGUUUGACCAAGUGUUACUUGAAGACAAGGAAUAUGCCUGUUGAAAAACGAACAGGUCUUGUAGCCAAAACUAAGCAGAGGUGUUACUUGUUUGUGGUCAUACUGCUCUUUGUUUCCUAUCCAAGCUUGUCCAGUGUGAUACUCACCCUGUUACCCUCUGGAUGUCAACUCUUUUAUGUAAACGAGGACGACUCUGUAAGCGUCACCAGACUUCGGGCUGAUUACUCGAUUGAUUGCCGAACACAACAGCAUGUUUCUUAUAACCACGCUGCCGAGAUCACCCUCUCUUACGUCGUUGGUUUUCCGUUGGUGUUGCUUCUCCUCUUGUGGUGGACCAAUAGAAAACGGGCAAAGGGCAUUCCGGGUAUCUUGUUGGAAUCAGAAGACGUUGUGCAGUCUACCAGAGAUGAAUGUGGGAGACGGGAAAGUGAGGAUCGGCCUCUGCUUGAUGUUGCUGGUGGGGCUCAUAGUUUAAAUGCCGGUCAUGUUGGUGAAAAUCAUGGAAACCCUGACCUGGCUGAAGACGAUGAGCCACUUCUGCAUUUGGAACCAGCAAAUCAGGAUGAAUUCACCUGGAAAAGUUUCCUGUGUGAAAACUACAAGCCGCAGUUCUGGUUCUGGGAGAUCUUGGAACUUGCUCGCAAAAUCGUCCAAACGCUCUUUGUGCUGCUGUACGGCCCCGACGACCACUUUACCAUGUUCGCAACCAUCGUCAUUUCCGUCGGCUUUCUGCUCCUGCACGCCUACGUCAAGCCCAUGAAGGAUGCCGCAGAGCAUCGCCUGCAGAUGUGCUCCCUGGGUACCAUCUUCUUGAACCUGCUGGCAGCGUCGCUGCUUCUCUUGCCCAGUGAACAGAGCCAAUCCAGCGAGGAAAGAAAGGAAAACCGCAGCAGGUCCGUACGUGCUUCCUGGCCAUCGAAGUACUACCUGGAGAUGAUUGACCAGUACGUGCUGUGA